GCAACAACCCAGUCAACCUACAAGACCUUCGCCUCGCACCCUCUCUCUUUCUCUACUACACACCAGCAAUGGCGCAGAUACGCGGCACAGCUGGCUACCACUUGGGCAACCAGAGCCCCUUUGGCAACUCGGGGCGCAACGACGAUAGCAGGAAUGAUCCAAGUCCGUUGGACCAACUGAGGGCGCAGACGAGCAAGCUUGAGGACAUGCUGGAUACUGUCGCGGACCCCAUUAAGCCAUACCUUCCAGCAAUCGGCCGCUUCCUAAUCGUCGUAACCUUUCUCGAAGACGCUCUGCGCAUAGUUACACAAUGGUCCGACCAAAUCUCAUAUCUACACGACUACCGACACAUCUGGAACGGAGCCACGCAUUUGUUCCUCAUCACCAAUGUCAUUCUUAUGCUCAUCGGCUCGGCUGGUGUUAUCGGCCGAAAAUACUCCGACUACUGCGUCGGCAUGCUCAUGUUUGUCGUUGUGCUCCAGGGCAUUGGAUACGGUCUGGUCUUUGACCUCAACUUUUUCCUGCGCAACCUGUCCGUCAUGGGCGGACUGCUCAUGGUGCUUUCCGAUUCGUGGGUCCGCAAGAAGUUCGCCCCCGCCGGCCUCCCUACGCUCGACGAAAAGGACAAGAAGAUGUACUUCCAGCUCGCCGGACGCGUUCUGCUCAUCUUCUUGUUUGUCGGCUUCGUCUUCCGCGGCGACUGGAGCUUCUGGAGAAUCAUUGCCAGUCUGCUGGGUCUCGUUGCUUGCGUCAUGGUUGUGGUUGGAUUCAAGGCCAAGUUCUCGGCCAUCAUGCUAGUGCUUAUCCUCAGCGUCUUCAAUCUCUACGUCAACAAUUGGUGGACGUUGCACCCACAACACCCACACAAGGACUUUUUGAAGUACGACUUCUUCCAGAUCCUCUCAAUUGUCGGUGGUCUUCUCUUGCUGGUCAACAUGGGCCCGGGACAGUUUUCCGUCGACGAGAAGAAGAAGGUCUACUAGACACGGACGGGUCCACGCAUCAUGACACGUGUUUCGAUUCGGACGGCCCACUACAUUCGACAACGCAUAUCAUAUUAUUUGGGAAACAACAUGUGGCAGUGCCAGUAGCAGUAGCCCUGUAUUGGAUAGCUGCUCAGCUUAGAACAUUUGGGAGUAGGCGGAGGGGUCAAAAGUGCGGUUUGCCAGGUUCAGAGCAAAGUGGCACGACAAUGUGUAGACUACGAAUGGGAAUCAUGGGCGUUGUCAUUAAAUUCGGCGAUUGGAUUCAAUCGCCAGUAACAAGAAAUCUUCUUUACACACAUUG